AUGUCGUUCAACAUUGUCAACGGCCAGAUCUACACGCCGGGCUUGGCGAUCGUGGAUGCGCCCCAGCCGAAUACUCCUUUAGGAGGGGACACCCUCCACAUCGCCAUCGACGUCUCGGGAAACGGAAAACUUUCUCUAGACAAAGACGAUGAGAAAGACGAAGACAAAGACACCCACCUCCACAGCCUCACCCUCUUCCUGACCUCCACCGACCUAUCCAAGAACUUCACCAUUUCCAAUGGCACCUCGCCCCACGACCACCACGACCAUGCACCCUACGUCGGCCCCGUCCUCGAUCUCGAGCCCUCGUCCACAGUCAAGCAUGUGGACUGGACAUGGCCGGCUUGUCUAGUCGGUGAGGGAUCGGGCGGCGCCGCCCGAGGAAAGUACAACAUCUCUAUGCAUCAGUCGUUCCGGUGGCGCGGGGUGGAGCACUACACGGUGUUUGAUCUGCCUAUCUCUGUGUCUAAUGGGAUUGAGGAGUCUGAUGAGAGGGUGGAUUGUGCGUCUAUUGAGAAUGAGGUGCUGGGCGCGGGGGCUUUGGCUGCUAGUAAUGAUACGCUGGAUGAAGUGCCUUGGGUGGGUGAGGUGGGUGCUUCUGGGGAGGAGGCUGAUGCUGAUGCUGCGGUGAGGUCUGUUAGGGCUGGGGUUUGGGGGUGGGUGUUGGUUGCUAUGGUGGGGUGCUGGUGCUUGGGGUAUUGA